CUCGUUAACCGCUUCAUGAUCAAUCUGCGGACGGCCGGCUCGGAGAUGUCAGAACAAUCUGUGUACAUGAACGAUCGGCAGCAAGGCCAGCCGACACUACAGUUCAAAAAGCAAGUAGAUCGGCUGGGCAACAUUGGGGGAACGCUCCAGGAUGUCUGGAGCGAUGCACCCUGUGACGUGGAUGAUGAUGCCGCAGGAGUGGACGAGGAAGGACGUUGUGAGACCAGUGCUGAAGCGUGAGUCGGCGUCGGUGAUUGGGCUAAACUCGGAAGUAUGGUUUGCUUCAGACGGACAGCGGCAUUUGUAUUCUGUUGCGGGUAUGUUUUGAGGCUUACGACGUCGAAUGAUCCUUCCGCACAAGUGAUGUGCCAUU